AUGCCCUUCCCUAAGCACCCCCCUUCAAUAUUUCGCAGUGAAGAAAUGGUCUUGUGUCAAUUCUUCUUACAGGAUGAAGUGGCCUUCGCGUGUAUUGAGGCUUUGGGACACAUGGAUGCAGUGCAAUUCCAAGAUUUGAAUCUUGUGGUGGUUCCGAGGGAGAAGCCUUACUUUGCUGAACUUGAGAUACUGGAGCAGGCGCAAGGAUUUCUGAAUUACUUAGAAACGCAGAUUAAAAAAAAGAAAAUGAAAAUGGCACCUGCAGAUGACGAUGUUCCUACACCAAUUCCCGGAGAUCUUCUUGAUAUUAAGUUUACUAUUCAGAAACUUCUGUUCCUCGUAGCAGUGAUUUGUAUCCCUUGGCUAUUGUUAGCGAAACCAAUGGUCGUCUUUCAUCAGAUGGCACAG